CAUGCGUGAUAGUGUUAAGUGACGUCAUCCACAGGAGAAACUUUGCGUUGAAGAUCUGUAGCAUUCCCAAAACAUUCACAAUGUCAUACGCAUAUCUAUUUAAAUAUAUUAUUAUCGGAGAUACAGGUGUAGGCAAAUCCUGUUUACUACUGCAGUUUACAGAUAAGAGAUUUCAACCGGUCCAUGACUUAACUAUAGGUGUAGAGUUUGGAGCUCGUAUGAUCACAAUUGAUGGCAAGCAGAUUAAAUUACAGAUCUGGGACACAGCUGGACAGGAGUCCUUUAGGUCCAUCACAAGAUCUUACUACCGGGGUGCAGCAGGGGCACUUUUAGUCUAUGACAUCACAAGGCGAGACACAUUCAACCACCUGACAACUUGGCUGGAAGAUGCCAGGCAGCACUCCAGCUCCAACAUGGUCAUCAUGUUGAUUGGAAACAAGAGUGACUUAGAAGCCAGAAGAGAUGUGAAGAAGGAAGAAGGAGAAGCAUUUGCCAGAGAGCAUGGUCUGAUCUUUAUGGAGACAUCAGCCAAGACAGCAGCCAAUGUAGAAGAGGCUUUUAUCAAUACUGCCAAAGCCAUCUACGAGAAGGUCCAGGAGGGUGUUCUCGAUAUUAACAAUGAGAGUAAUGGUAUCAAGCUAGGACCCCAGCAUUCCCCAUCAAGUCCGAGUGGAGCGCCAUCUGGAGGCAGUGGUGGAAACCAAGGCGGUGGCUGCUGUUAAGUGAAAAGAACUGAAGAUGUUUCGUUUUUCUAAAAGAUGUCAAAACUGUGACUGCAGUAAGCUGCCGUGCCCCUGAAUGUGCAGAACAACAGGCAUACAUUACAGUUGAUGGAGAAGCUGCAUAAGGGUUACUGUGAGGGCAUUCAGAACUAAGGAUGAAAGAAAAGAAAUUAUUGAUAAAAAUUUUUGGAAGACAUACCAGUUAUUACAGAUCAAAAUAUGAUGGAGGAAUGUAAAUUCUGGAUUUUGAAUAUUUCUUCUUACAACAAAAUGUCAGUUGUAAUGUGAGUUACAAUUGCUGAAGACAAUUUACCAUCCCCAACCCCCACUCCCAAAAGGAGGGUAUAGAAAAAGUUUAGAAAUAAUGACAAUUAAACAAAUUUUGAAUAAAAACCUCAUUUUAGAAAUACUAUCAACUGUAUAGUUAUGCCUAAAGCCACCUACUAGCGUUGGCCAAAGUUGCUCUUUAUAUGACAAAACAUUGCCAAGGAGAAGAUGAAGAAGAACUUACGUGCAAUCAUGGACGUGUAAAUUAUUUUUCAUUGCCACAUAAGAAGAAGAUUGUGAGGUUUAUCUUAAGCAUGUAUCUAGCUUUAUGUUAUAUGAUAAUAGUAACCCUUGUUGGUGGAACAUUCAUGGUACAUUCAUGGCUGGUAAUAUAAUAUGGUACUGCCCAGGAGCAGGUUUUGCUAAAUAACUUUAGUUUGUAAAAUUGGUCUAAACAUUUAAACCAUUUGGACAGUUAUUAGGCCUUCAAAGACUACUUUUAUUUCCAAAGACAGCUGGGUGGCUCACAAACUUAUUGGGUUGGUUGGUAAGUUGGGCUUGCUUGGGUUUGGAAUAUACGUGUAAAUAAAAGACCCAGCUACAAAUUCACAUUUUGGACUCCCUGUACCUUAAAUCUUGAGGAAACCCCUGAUCAAGAAAUAAAUAGUUUCAGUUUCGGAGUAAUACUUAUUUUAACAGACUACUGUGGAUUAAUAUUCAGCUGACCGGCACCUAGGACCAUAAAAACUUGACUGCUUACUUGAGGGAUUUAAAGGUAAACAAUUAGCGAGUUGUUGAGUACUUAUUCUGUUUAUUACUCAGAGCAGAAAAAAAGGAUGGCUAGAAAAGCCUAAAUUAGUGCUGUGAAUGUUCUCUCGUGCUCUCUCUUUUUUCUGUUAGAUGAAAAUAGAGAUCUUUUGUAGUAGCUUGUUGUUUCUUUGUAGAAUAAGAAAAUGAUGGAAAAGUAAAUUGAGAAGUUGAUGCUAUAAAUUGUAAUUGGAAUCACCCAAGAUAGCCCAUAGUCUCACAGCUUUGUGUGAAGUCGAGCAAGAUUUAGAGGACUUUGGAUGAGAGUGGGAGCAGUUAAAAUGGCAGAAUAGCAUGCAGUGUAACAGCUGAUCACAGCUGACAUGAUUCAUCCCAGGACAGGACCACCGCCACGUUUUAGGCUAUCUCGGUUGAUUUCUAUUUUGUGUCACGUGUAAAUGUGUCUCUCUUUCUCUUUCUCUCCCCCUCUCUCUUGCAGUAAAUGAAAUCCAAUUCUUUUCCUCUUUAUUGAAAUUAUUUGUGUGAGGUUUUGGCGAGGAGAAAAUUUUGAGUGUUAUCCAUUGCCAGUACUGUGUCCACUGCAAUGUAUGUAUUGCUCAGUGUUGAACGCAAAUUUUACUUACGUAGCAAAUGACUCUCUCUGUUUCUAUCUAAAGGUGCUUUGUUUAAGUCUUUAAAUAUCAGAUGACAUAGUGUACUAAAGCAUUUAAUAUUAACCAUCUUUGGCAAAUUACAUUUUGUAAUAUUAAACAAAUAUUUUGUAUUAUUGUCAAGUUAUCGACUCCCAGAUAAUUGCCAUGAAUAAUUAUAGGAAGAAUGUCAAGAUCUUUGCUUUCUUGGUAUUUUUGAGGCAAAUGAACAUAGCAAUGUAAAGUAACACUAAUAUGUAACAUUGUCCAAAGUCUGGUACUUUAUGUACAUUGGUGUUGUGUUCUUUAUGUUCUCUUCUAUGGUGUGUAUAGUAUUUUAUUGUAUAGGGUUGAUAUGCAGAAAAAAUGAAUUAAAACACAAUAAAAGUGAAAUGGC